AUGGUCAGAGUAACAUUGAAAUACUUUGUCUACACAUUUGCUAUCCUCCUCUCAUUAAGUCUUUACCUUGAAUAUGCCAAUGCAUCAGGACUUUUGGUAAGUAGUGAAAAUGCAACAGCUACAACACCAGCAAAACCUACAACAACAAAAACGUCAACGACAAGACAUACGUCUGCUGCCGUAAGGGAAGUAGCAUACUACUCUGCUAUAAGUUCUGCUCUGAUAGCAGGUAUAGUGUGCAGAUAUUCACUUUGA